ACUGGUACACAAGAGAGAGAGAGAGAGAGAGAUCGGGUGGAGUUUGGAUGAUAUCAGAGUGGUUCGUAGUUGCAAGAUCAAAGCUCUAGUUCUUUUGUACUGUUCGAAGAAGUUCCACUGAGAAUCUUAAAGAUUCGACAUUUAGGGUUCUGAAAUACAUCAAAUUCUUGUGAAAAAAGCCGGCUUUUUCUACUAUGGAGCCUCGUGAUGAUCAAGCCGAGGCUUCAUAUACAUUUGGUGAUCGAACUACCAGUGACAUAGUAGUCAGACUAAGAAACGAAGAAGGCCGAGACGACUGGAUAUAUUGCCAUUCAAAGAUCCUUAGUGCUAAAAGCCGAUAUUUUGCAGAUCGUCUGUCUGAUAAAUGGCCCACUUGCAAGAUUCUUGAUUCGCGCUACUGUGUCGAAGUCAUCUGUCAAGAAUCAGACUAUGAUCAUCAUAUCAAUCUCUUACGACUUCUCUAUGUUGUCUCUGAUGAUGUCCCUGAGGAUAACUUGUGUCAUAAUGUGAAAAAUGCGUUAGGGAUACUCAGUGUCGCUAAACAACUUAGCUGCCCUCAAAUUGUCACUGCUUGUGUGAACUACUUGGAAGCAGUUCCUUGGGAAGAAGGUGAAGAGGAAGAGAUUCUGCGGAUUGUACCGGGAAUUGGAUCAGAAGCAGAGCCGAUUCUUGCCCGUCUCCAACCGGUUGCUCAAACCGCUGUUAUUGGAAUCUUUAUAUCGGCUUUUAGAUUCGCUACCUCGUCUCCGCCUUUGCCCUUAUGCGACAUAAAAUCAUCGGCUCAAGAGCAGAUAGAGUAUAUGAUAACCGAAGAUGACGAUGCUCCGUUGUUGAUUGCCGAUGAAGAGAUCAAGCUUGAAGUAAAGGAAUGUGUUAAGAGCCUGUUUGUGAGAUUCUUCCAGUGUCUAGAAGCAAUGUCCUUGGAUUCUGAGGUUACUAGCAAAAACGGGUCUUUUAGGAUGAUUCUAUCGGAUUUGUCAUGGGUUUGUCAGAUACUAACAAAGAUGGAAAUGGUUAGAGAUUUUGUUGUGACAUGGGUCGACACAUCUGAGAAGUUAGUUAAGGUAGUUGAAGCGAUGGAAACGGUUUCAGAGACGGUUGAGAUAAGAGUAAAGGUCACCGAGGUGACUGCGAAAGUGGUAGAGGCGAUUGGUUAUGGAACUGUGAUAUUACCAACAGGGAAACGGCUUCAGAUGGUGAAACUAUGGCUGCCCUUUGUGAGAAACACAAAGCCUCUUGUUGACUCAGAGGUAACCAAAAACGAUGAUGAUGGGAAUGAAGCUGUGAGAUGUAAAAUCGAUGGAGAGAUAUGGCAAGCUUUAGAGUCUUCCUUUGUGUCGAUAAUUCUGGCAUUGCCGUCUUCAGACCAAGCGGAGAUAUUGACUGAGUGGUUAAGCAAGAACGGGUUGUAUCCGGAUUUGACAGAGGCUUUUGAGGUUUGGUGUUACAGAUCAAAAGUCGCCAAGAGAAGAUUGGGUUUGGUAGGGGGAGAGGAAGACGAGAAUGGCAUGUCUUAACUCUUUUGUUGAGCUCUAAGGAACAUUCUGUCUCUCUUUUUUCGUUGUUGUUGUUGUGUGUUUAGGUCUUUUAACCCUUUUUUGAUGGGGUGCGUUCUCUGCCAAAUUCAUUGGCAGUUUACACAAAUCUGUAAAUACUGUUGACAGAUAUGUUGUCUUUUUCAAUU